AUGUUAGUAUUGGAGUUACUGUUAAUAGUAUUGCCUGAAGUGACGUGCAAGAAUCCUAGCCUUCAAUGUGACUUUCGGAAGCCUCUUCCUAUUCAGCACACCUAUCAUCAGCUUGGAGACAUUAAUAUUGCUGGCAUUAUUUCUGUAUUAUCAACAUAUUCUGAUCCCGUUGAUUUCAGUCAAGAUCCUUCUCAGGGAUUUCAAGAUGGACUUCUAAUAAUUUUUCAGAAUUACCAGCAUAUCCUGGCUUUAGUGUUUACUGUAAAGGAGAUCAAUGAAAAUCCCCAAAUCUUACCCAACAUCACUCUGGGCUUCCACAUUUUUAACAGCAAUUUUAGUCCAAGCUGGACUUACUUUGUCUCAAUGCUUCUGCCUUUCACUCAGGGCAAAUUCAUCCCUAACUACAAGUGUGGGAUCACAAAUACUUUGGCUGCAGUCAUUGGGGCACCUGACAUCUCUCUUCACAUGGCAACUGUGCUGUGCAUCUACAAAGUUCCUCAGUUGACCUAUGGCUCUGCUCCAGUCAUGGAUAAAGAGACUCAAGCAGUUUUCUUCCAACAAAUGUUUCCGAAUGAAUCCCACCAACGUAAGGGCCUCCUGCAGUUAUUGCUGUACUUUAGAUGGAUCUGGAUUGGAAUUCUCAUAGUAAAGGAUGAAAAAGGAGAGAAAUUUCUCCAGGAGGUACUCCCCACUUUUUCAGAGCAUGGCAUCUGCGUUGAAUUCGUAGCAGAGUUCCCAAAUGUAGCUUUUUACAGUGAUUUUACUGAUACCAUAAGCGAAGGAUUACAUAUAUACCAUGUUCUCAUGAAGAGCACAGCCAAUGUGAUAAUAUUAUAUGGUGAAAUUCAGUCCUUAGCAGGUCUGAGAACUUUCCUCCAGUUUUCAGAAGUGGAGGAUAUACCAAGGAAGAAAAAGAUUUGGCUUAUUACAGCUCAGAUAGAUUAUACUUCAACUUCCGUUCAUAAAUCUUGGGAUAUCCAUUUCCUACAAGGUGCUUUAUCCUUUGCAGUACACACAAAAGAAGUCCAAAACUUUCAGGAAUUUCUUCAAAUUCUAAGUCCAAAGAACAAUCAAAAUGAUCAUUUUCGGAAAGAUUUCUGGGAACAGGCAUUCAGCUGUUUCUUCUCAAACUCAAAAAUGGAGGUGUCUGAGAAAAAGUGUACUGGACAGGAGAAUCUUGAAACCCUUCCUACAUCUGUGUUUGAAACAUGCAUGAGCGGCCAGAGUUACAAUAUUUACAAUGCGGCAUUACCUUUAUCUUUGUGUAAUGAUCCUUGUGAGACAGGACACAGCAAGGCCAAGAAAGAAGGAAAGUUGUUUUGUUGCUAUGAUUGUCACCUAUGUCCAGAGGGGAAAAUAACAAAGGAGAAGGAUGUAGAUGACUGCUCUCCAUGUCCAGAAGAUCAAUAUCCAAAUCCUGGGAAAAAUAUGUGCAUUCCAAAGCGGAUCAUCUUUUUGUCCUAUGAAGAACCCUUAGGGAUCAGUCUGACUGUUCUUUCUCUUUUCUUUUCUUUAAUGACAACUUGGAUAAUAACAGUCUUCAUGAAACACAAGCACACUCCCAUCGUCAAAGCCAACAAUCGGAAUCUCACUUAUACACUCCUACUUUCUCUUCUCCUCUCUUUCCUUUGUGUCUUUCUAUUUGUUGGGAGACCCAAUACGAUUGUGUGUCUCUUUCGACAACCAGCUUUUGGCCUCAUCUUUUCUGUGGCAGUUUCUUGUGUCUUGGCCAAAACCUUUGUUGUGGUUUUAGCAUUCAUGGCCACCAAACCUGGUUCCAGAUUGAGGAAAUGGGUUGGGGGAAGGAUCGUCAGUUUCAUUCUUCUAUCCUGCUCCCUUAUUCAAAUAUGUGUUUGUGCUGUAUGGCUGAUAAUGUCCCCACCAUAUCCAGAUUUUGAUGCACAUUCAAUACCUGAAGAACUUAUCCUGGAGUGCAAUGAAGACUCCGUCAUGUUCUACUGUGUUUUGGGCUUUAUGGGUUUUCUUGCUCUGCUUAGCUUCUCUGCUGCUUUUCUAGCUAGGAAUUUACCUGACAGUUUCAAUGAAGCCAAAUUCAUCACCUUCAGCAUGUUGGUCUUCUGCAGUGUUUGGUUGUGUUUUAUUCCAACCUAUCUAAGCACUAGGGGAAAAUAUACAUUGGCUGUGGAGAUCUUCUCCAUGAUCUCCUCCAGUGCUGGCUUAUUGGUGUGCAUCUUUUUUCCCAAGUGUUUUAUCAUUGUGAUGAGACCAGAGCUGAAUGAUAAACAUCAGCUCAUGAAAAGGAAGUUUUAA